GUUUGUUUUGGUAGGGUGAGGGAGGAGUAUUCAUUUUGAUUAUUAUUUAUUUAUAGGGAAGAAUUGAAGAAGACGUCAACUUAAUUAAUACUUAUGUAAGGGGGCACUUAGCCAGCUUGCUGUUGGUUUCUGAUCAGUCGUUCGCAUCGAUCAACUGGCUACUACUUAGUAAUUAAUUUGUCUCAUCGGCGCAGGGGGCACUCGAUCAGCCGAUUCAAAGGCAUCCGAUCCCACAUGCGGAAAGAAUAAAUCCUCAUCAUCAGCUGAUCGAUCAAACAAUGCCCCCACGCGCGGCCUGCUAGGUACAUAUAUAACGCCGCCCGGAUCAAGUCUAGUGUAGAUCGAAAGUGGCCGGCGAUCGAGCCGGUGAGAUCAAUUAUCAAUCAAUAAAACCUAGCCAGCCAGCCAGCUGCACAUAUAUACAUACAUAUAUAUAUAUAGUUGGGAAAGAUGAUGAUGAGGUGUACGCGACAUGUGGGCGACAUGAGCAGCGCCAUCGGCGUUUGUGCUUCUUGCCUCCGUGAAGAGCUGCUCGCCAUCAACGAUGCCCAGGCCCGCACUGCCACUCUUCAUCGUCAUGAUGAUGACCCGUCGCCGCCCCAUAUUGCUUUUCCGCGCUCCGUUUCGCCCUAUACCCACGCCGGCCGCCAACCCGUUUUCUACGCCACUCCACAGGUUGGCCCCGGCGGCCAACUCAUUUCCUGGGAACAUCACUACCAGGCGGCUCACAGGAAGAAGAAGCACAACGGCCGCCGCCGCCGCUCCCUCUUCUCUCAUUUAUUCAACAAGUCAUCCGACCCGCCGGAGGACGACUCUGAUGAUCCCUUGUCUGCCGCUAGUAAUAAGCCUUCUUCUUCUUCUUCAUCCACCACCAGCUGGUUCUCCAAAGUUCUCCGUCGCAAUCGGGACAAGAAUAAUAAUAAUAAUAAUAAAUUCCAUACUAUUUCGUUCCGGGAUCGUGAUAAUGAUGAUGAUGAUGAUGAUCGGUCUACUUCUACUGCUACGCUCGCCGCCGCAGCCAGACACACGGGGGCGGGCACAAGAAACUGCGGCAGUCACGCUGCAGAAGACGAGGACGAAGACCACUGCGGAUCGAGUGGCUGCUCGUCACGCUCCGCCGCCUCCCCGAUCCGAAAACAGACCACUCCGGCCAGCUCCUUGGCGCAGCAGAGAGGCGGCAGAAAGAGCGGCGGUUCCAGCCGUGGGAUGACAACGACGUUCUGUUUAAGCCCCUUGGUGUGGGCCAGCCCUAAUAAUAGGCGGCACAAAGCGGGAAUGUCGCCCGAAGUGGUGUAUUCCGGUCAGAAUACUGUUCCGACGACUCCUUUGGACAAGACCCGUUCGAGAAAAUUUUCUGAUUUCGGGAGGUUCCAUCACAAUCAUUGAAUGAUCGAACGUACGUACGUUUUUCUUGCCGACCAAUCCUUAAUUAGGUAACAAGGCUCACGAUCACAUCGAUCGAUAUUUUAAGACAAUUUUGCUUAGGGUACACAAGAUGAACACAAAUUGUACGGCAUAUAAAAGCCUAAAAAAUUAUCAUCUCAUUUACCUCUACCUAAAGAACUCCUCUCUCCUCUCUUUCUUCCCCCGCGCUCCCCCCUUCCAGCUGUUCACCAAAGCUUCUUCUUCCUCUUGUUCUCUUCACAGCUCGACGAAGGAAUACGACAGAGGAACAGGGGUCUAGUCUAAAGCUAUUACGUGAAUGGAUUACAGUCUUGAGAGGAGAUGGCCUUCAUUACUAGUUACGACAUGGGCGAGUUUAUGCAUGGCACCCCAAGGAGAGGAGUCCGGAUCUGAAGCACCGGCGACACAAGCUGAAGCUCAACUCAGUACGAAAGACGUCGGCGACACAUAUUCCGGACAUUAAUCAUGGAGGAACGUCGAACGUAAUGUCUGUGUACACAAGCAUUUCGAUGUUUCAGCGCCUAUAGCAGUGAAUAACAUUGUAUUUGUAUAAUUUAACAUCCAUUUGUAACAUCCAUUUGUGUUACUCAAUCGAUUUCAAGUAAAACUAUUGUAUUUGAUGUGUUGUAUUUUCCAUGUAGUAAAUGUUUGUAUUUUUAUUGCCUGUGUACACCGAUGAAAUCAAGUAAAUGUGUGUAUUAGUAUUGCAUGUGUACAGAGACG